AUGAGAAGCAAAGGACCAAAAUCGGCAGUGAGGUCGCACAGGGAGGACACGUCGGCAUGGCUCGACGCUACGAUAUUAACGGAAAUGUCGUUCGCCAUUGCUCAAGAUCGAGUGCUUCAAGUCCUGACGGACGUGGUGCCUUGGCAGCCGGAUUGGGAAAAUCUGUCGGUUCUUGACCUCAGCAAUCGUCGCGUGGAGACUCUGAUGAAGCUGCAGGACUUUUGCCCCAACCUCCUCGACGUUAAUUUAAACGACAACCUGAUCGUGUAUCUGAGCGGACUGCCUAGCUCCAUCCGCCAUCUCCAAGUCGCGCGCAAUCGCUUAUCCUCACUCGUUUCUUUCGCCCGUCUGCGAAAUUUACAGACGUUGGACAUUAGCGAGAACGCCGUGGAAUCGAUCGACAACCUAUGCUGUCUUGACUCGCUGAAGCAUCUUCGAGCCGACUCCACUCAGAUCGAUUCUAUCAACGGUAUCGACAGCAUUGCAACAUUGGAAAGCAUCAGCUUGCAGCACAAUAACCUCAAGACCAUCGAUUUACAAGGUACAACGUGGACAGAACUGCGACACCUGUCGCUUAGUCACAACCAGCUCGAAAGUCUCACAGGACUCACGCAUCUCGCGCAUCUGUACACACUCCAGGUGGAGCACAACAAUCUUAGCCAACUCGACUGUCGUGGUGGCCUGCGAAAGCUUCGCCUGCUGCGCGUCUCGGGCAACCCGCGCCUGAGCAUCCUAAACAUCAAGGACCUGGCUAAAUUGCGGACGUUGUACGCCGACUUUUGCCACUUGGAUGAAAUUCAGCAUUUGCCCCACGCCAAACGCCUCGAGAAUCUCAGCCUAAGAGCCCAACAGAAUUCAGACUUCCGUUGGCCCCGCCAUUUGCCAAGCAGUAUUCAGCGAAUGUUCCUUUCAGGCAACCCGCUGCAGAACAGCCUUCCAGGUGAAGAUGCGGGUGAGCUUACCAAUCUGGUUUAUCUAGAGCUCGCUGCAUGCCAACUUGAGCAGCUCCCAGACCACAUGUGGUCCCUCAUGCCCAACCUUCGGCACUUGAACUUGGAUCACAACCUCUUCGUCGAGCUACCGAACCUUAGGGCGCUGCACCGGCUCAAACGCCUCUCCGCCGUUUCCUGUCGCUUGGAAAAGACUGCGCCGAUCAUUCGCGCCCUGCAAGAUCUACCUUUGGAAUCACUCGACACGCGGAUGAACGCCUGCACACACGGCCUGUACGCACCAAUCAUAGCUCCAAGUCGCUAUGUUGAGCCACGGACGCCCAAUUCAGAUAAUCUUCCCAAAGGAUUUGCGAGUGUGGCACCUCCGUUCCCAAACCCGGCUGUUGUUCAGCCAGCUUUCUCUCAGAAGGAACUUUCCUUGGGAAAGCAGGCCGAAGACCCCUCAGCGGCCCACAAGUCUUUCUUCCACAAACGGCUCCCCACACCGAUCCGUGGCGCGAGCAACAGCGAGCAAGGAGUGUCACAGACUGCGAUGACGCUAGCUGCGGAUGCACGCUUUAUUCGCGCGCUUCCCGAGGCUGCUCGCCAGCAACGCACCCUGCACCGUGGCGUGCUUGCUAUGGCGUGUGCGCAGCUCACUCAUAUCGACGGGCUCCCUGUCUCGGAUGCAGAAAUUGAGGAGGCGAGCCGUCUGCUUGAGUAA